CGUUCUAGUAACUUACACGCAAGGUAUCGUAUACCUUGACAGGUAGCUCACGUGUCUGUAUCGUAAACAAUACACAUCGCAGAACUGAUGUUUUAUGAUUUGCGUUUUAUAAGUAGUUAAUCAGGAUUAAAGAUGAUGGAUGUUAAUUCCAACGUCGAAGAUAUUUCAGAAUUUAAAGAAAAUGAUCGACCACCAUCGGAACAGUUGGUUGAACUUCACUUGUAUUUAGUCCCGAAAGAAAAGUGGCUUGAAAAAAGAAAAUUGGCCAAAAACCAAGUAGUGGAUCAUACUAUUUCAGUAGGAUUUGUCAGAGUAUUGCCGCAAACCGUUCUCAGCGAUUUGCGGAAAGAGAUGGAUCGCCAACUUGGAAUAGAAUCAGUUCCACAGAAUUUCGUUUUCCUACGGUCUGUAGGACGGAAUUUCACACAGGUCAGGCCAAAACAGGAAAUGGAAAUGAAGGUCAAAAACUAUAUUCCACCCUACACUCCAGAACCCGAACUGUUUCUAAAGGAAGGUAGCUACACGGGUCCGAGCAAUUGGUCACAAGGUGAGGAUAGUGGGCUAGAGGAGAGCCUAGCUGACAGCAACAGUCAGAGGUCACACGACAGAGCUACUCCGGAGAGCCUAACCGAUGACCCUCUCAUCCUUCCGAAAUUGACCGAUUACUUGGACGUUCCUGUGCGGGCGGACCUCGAUGAUCCAGGUGGACGGUCCUCGAUGCCACCAGGCGCGAUGACAGUCUCCAUGUCGGUGGAUGAUCUCUCCUCAGCAAAUCUUUUUCAGCGAGGUCCAGGUAUUCGUAAAGGGGAGACCCCCCGUAUUCGACCCAUUCGAGCAGACCACCGAUACAGCAGUGAGGACGUGCGGUUCCGCAGAGUUAGAGAACAUAGCAUAGAAAAGAAAAGACAAAAUGACAGCUACAUGAACAACGAUGAGUUCGAGAGAUCAAUGAGGGGAAGCAGUUGGAACAGACGCCAAAAGCGCAACUCAUCAAAAGAGCGAGGUGGAACUCAACUUCCAACAUGGGCAGAAACAAGAACUACUCGAUUGCGUCGAAGUCGAGCACUUGGAGAAACCAAACCCCCUAACCAAGCACAAAAGCAUACGGCAAAGAAAGCAUCAUCAAAAACAGAUAAUAACAAACUUCCUCCUGCAACUCGCCACCAGCCACUCGAUGCAGAAUACGAAGCGGAGGUAGACGAUGAUGAUGCGGGGAAGAUUUUAAUGGAAAGGAUUCGGGCUAAUUCAAGAUGCCUAAAAGCCCAACUUUCAUCCCACCACUCCCAUAGACGCACAGUUUCUGAAACGGGUACAGCGAGUCAAGAAAGACCUUCCAGAGAAAAAAAGACGGAUAGUCAAAAAAAUGGAAAAGCUCAUAACGGAGUCUACACGAUGCACGCAAGAAGGAAUCAAAAGAAUAACUCGGAGGACAAGACGUCUAAUCAUACUUCUUCAGAUGGCGCCGCAACCUCAGAAGUCGAGUCCACCACCAUUAAACUUGUGGACGAACACGGGCGAGAAAUUUCUGGAGACAGUUCGGAGGUCGCACACAAUGGAACCCCAGAAGAUCCAGAAAUUGUUCACCACCACACGCUGUCUGUGGAUGGGAAAGACGGAAGAGCGGAAAGCAGUCAUAAUUCAGAUUCCCAAAAUGUACCUGGUGAGUUAGAGAAUAUUUCUGAAAAUGAUUCAAACAAUCUGAACGUCAAAGACCAAAACGAUAGUAACUCCAAUCGAGGGUCAAGCAUAAGUGGAAAAUCGGACAACCAUGAUGGAUUUUCGAACGAGCUUGCGGAAGGUCGUCUUAUAAACGAAAAUGGGAAAUUGACAAUUGAAGUGGAAGUCAAGGAGUUGGGCAGCAGCGAAGACAGUGGAGAUACACCAGAUGCAACAGGUGCCACCGUAGAAUCGAACCUGACACCCAUCCCAAUAGAUGAUACAGGAGAAUACGAUAGUUACAGAGUAUAUUCAGAACAAAAUUAUCUGGCAGCAGCACCUGAUGUCACCAGUGAAUCUCCCCCCCAUUCCAGAAGGCCAAGUAGAUCGGAUGUGCUGAGCAGGAAUGAGAGCACUAGAUUGGCAAGGGCUCGCCAAGCCAGGGGUGUCUAUCUAAGGAGAAUGGAACACAGAAACAGCCAGUCCAAUCUGAACAGAACUCAUUCGAAUGAUCAGAAUUUGGACCGAACUGAUGGAGGUGGAUCUCCUUUAAGAAGGUAUGGUGGCAAUUCCAGAAGCAUUUCUCAUAACAGAAGGAGUGGGCAGCGUAAACUUGAAAAAUGGAGUACUUCUGCUGCUUCUACUGGUGAUCUGAGAGAAGCUGCUUGGGAUUAUUCGAAUGAUAAGGAUCGUCUACUGACCAUUUUGAGUGAAGUUAGAGUUGAGACGAGGUUAAGGCAGCGUCAGCGAGAGGAGCUUCUUCGAAAGAUAAAGCAACUACAAAGUAGAGCCCACCAAAGGAGGGAACAAGUUCGAGAAAUGUGGAGGAAACGGUAUUUGGAAGCGAAAAAAAUUACUCCGCGAUUGGAGGAGGAGUGUUCCAGACUGAGACAGGAGCUUGAAAAAUUGCACAGAGAGCUCUUGGCGAAAGUCCAAGCUGGCGUCUGGGCUUUGUUGACUAUUUCUGGAAAAACUGAGAGACCCUCCAAUAAGUUGAGCUACAAAAUAAUGAUUGCAAGAUUGCUUCAAGAAAUUGAAGAUCUUACAAGAAGAGUGGAAGGAACAAGACUAAAGUUGCACACUGAAGUGAAGCUCCGAUCGAUGGCUGAAAAAGAUGUUAGAAGUUUGCGAGAGGAAUUGCUAAAGAAAAAGAUUCAAGUUACUUUAACACGAAAUCAAGAGCAAGCUGCUAUGGGUAACGGAUUAAGACAACAAUAUUUCAUUAGUGCAGUUUGAAACGGCGAAACUUAGCUGUGAAAUUAACUGAGAAAGACUAGAGAGAGAGAAAGAAGAGUAAGAACUCUAGUUAUGAAAGAAAUAUUUGUGAUAUAGUCAGAAUUAAGCUUUGUGAAGUAUCAUUCCUUUCCGUGUAAGGGAAUGUAUUCUUUGCGCAAUGUGAGCCCAUAAUAACUAUUUUAAUUUAUGAUAUUUUAAUGUUUUGUUUACUUCUGUAAAAUGUUUUAAAGUGA